AUGGCUGCUGUAAUGGGCCCCUCCAUCGCACAGCACCCCUCCCCCUUCUGCGCCGCGCACAACAUCUCCGUCUCCCAGUCGAGGCAAGGGUUCCAUCCGCCCCCAUCGGCCCCGCCCAAAUCGGCGUCGACACAGCCUUCAACAGCCCGCGACCCCUUCUAUGGGCACGAGAACGCGGCGCGCCUCUGUGCGCGGUUCAUCACCCACCUCUUCGCUUGCCCCGAGUACCCUCCCUCGUCGUCGGGCUCUACUGUGAAGCUACCGUACUUCAUCGCCUACGCCCUCCACCGGACGAAACUCCACGCAUCGGUUACCUUUGCCGCCCUCGUCCUCCUCCAGCGUCUCAAGGCCUGUUUUCCCACUGCUCGCAGCUCAUCUGGCCACCGUCUUUUCGUAUCCGCAUUCAUGAUCGCCUCCAAAGUGAUCUGCGACGACACUUACGCCAAUAAGUCCUGGAGCAUUGUCGCCCAGAGCAUGUUCUGUGGAAGGAGAUCAACAGGAUGGAAAGGAAAACGUGCGAACACAGUGAAUUGUCCUAUGUUCAUUGUGCCGGUGAGGUAUAUGCACAGCUACAAUGUCGGAGCAUCUAUGUGA